UCGCUCACAGCUGCGCUUAUGAAAGGGCGCCUUUCCCUUUUCACUUCGCAAGUCCGUUUAGGUUCCAUGCGAGUUGACUCACCGCCUCGUGUACUGACCAGGGGCUCCAGACCAUUUGUGGAGGGCCCUAUCCGCUUGAAGGUCUGAUCCUAAUUAUAAGCCAAACUACCUUACUCGAAAACUUUUGAAUACCUACAAUACGAUGUUCUCUACCGCCGCAACCCGCCUUUUCAAACCCGCCGCUGUCGGGGCCUCUGGCCUCCGAUCCCGGCUGGCGAUUCAGUCGCGCCUCGUGAGCCAAAACGUCGUGGCUGGCAGCAAGGGCAGGACGAUGCCCGUCCACCGAUCUCGAGCCACUGCCCCCGUCAAAAACCUUGACGCUACCUUUACCAUCAGGGAUGGCCCUGUCUUCCACGGAACCGCCUUCGGCGCAAACUCCAACAUUUCCGGAGAGGCUGUCUUCACGACGUCGCUCGUCGGAUAUCCCGAAUCCAUGACCGAUCCGUCGUACCGCGGCCAGAUUUUGGUCUUCACCCAGCCCUUGAUUGGCAAUUACGGCGUGCCCUCGAACCAGCGGGACGAGUUCAACCUCUUGAAGUACUUCGAGUCCCCUCAUAUCCAGUGCGCCGGUGUGGUUGUGGCAGAUGUGGCCGAGAAGUACAGCCACUGGACUGCCGUGGAGAGCUUGGGGGAGUGGUGUGCUCGCGAGGGGGUUCCCGCCAUAUCUGGCGUUGAUACGCGUGCAAUUGUCACGUACCUGCGGGAGCAAGGUUCAUCGCUUGCUCGGAUCAGCAUUGGCGAUGAGUAUGAUGCCGACGAGGAUGAGAGCUACGUCGACCCUGGCCAGAUCAACCUCGUGAAGAAGGUUAGCACCAAGGCUCCCUUCUUGGUCGAGUCGCCCGGUGCCUCCUUCCACAUUGCUCUGAUCGACUGCGGUGUCAAGGAGAACAUCCUGCGGAGCCUGGUGAACCGGGGUGCCUCGGUCACCGUUUUCCCGUACAACUACCCCAUCCACAAAGUUGCCAGCAACUUCGAUGGCGUCUUCAUCUCCAAUGGUCCUGGCGACCCGACCCACUGCCAGGAGACCGUCUAUAAUCUGGCUCGGCUGAUGGAGACUUCGCCGGUGCCGGUCAUGGGCAUCUGCCUUGGCCACCAGCUACUCGCUCUGGCUCUCGGUGCUCGAACUAUUAAGCUGAAGUACGGAAACCGUGCUCACAACAUCCCGGCUCUGGACUUGACCACUGGCCAGUGCCACAUCACCAGCCAGAAUCACGGCUACGCCGUGGACGCUAGCACUCUGCCCUCUGAUUACAAGGAGUACUUCAUCAACCUCAACGACGGAAGCAACGAAGGCAUGACGCACAAGACUCGUCCCAUCUUCUCCACCCAGUUCCACCCAGAAGCUAAGGGUGGUCCCACGGAUAGUGCUUAUCUCUUUGACAAGUACAUUGAGAACGUCAAGGUCUUCAAAGACAACGAGAAGGUCUACCGAGACAACCGCCCAACCCAGCUGAUGCUCGACAUCCUCAACAGGGAGCGUGUUGGUGUUGAGCCAACCCCCCUGGCCAGUGCCGCUUGAAAUAUCGCGACAUUUUGGUUUACAUGACUCUUCUCUUAAUUUGUUGCAUGUGGGCAACAGUCGCAUGAUGGCCUUGAAGGGUCAUGACUGGCUCUUAAAAGAGGCCCUGAGGUUAUCCAUGGAGUUGGUUUUGCACGGGUUUUUAGGCAGCUUUGCAAAUUCAGUCUUUUUUCGCUUGUUUCCCCAUUAUGCACAUUUGGUGAGAAACUGCAUUGUGAUAUGUGAAGGGCGCUUCAUAGAUUAGUCGUCCUCAGCCGUUCGAUGACGUGGGCUGGACCGUCACCCGAGUGGCUAGACGUCAGUACAAUACCGUAUCUCUCGUGUAGUCUCCAGAUGACCUCCCGGGGCUGGCUAGGCACCAUUAUUCGAGCUUUGCACAUCCGCUGGAUAUCACGU